UCUCAAUAGGGCGAAGAGCAGAGAUCUCUCUGCCGAUUGGACAGACCACUCAGCCAAUCAGUAUGCGGGAAAAUGGAGUCUGCAAGAGUUGGGCAGCUGUGGGCUGUGUCGGAGGAGGUUUAACGUUAGCGCGUUGCUGGGCUGUGUUCGGGAAUCCUGCGGAGCCAGCCUGGCGGCCUGCGUGUAGGGAGCUGAGACUCUAUGGAGGCGACAGCACCUUGUGCACAGCCUGCUAAAGCCAUCAAGCCUAUAGACCAUAAAUCAGUUCACCAGAUCUGUUCAGGACAGGUUGUACUGAAUCUGGGCACUGCGGUGAAGGAGUUGGUGGAAAACAGUGUAGAUGCUGGAGCUACUAAUAUUGACCUAAAGCUUAAAGAUUAUGGAGCAGAUCUUAUAGAAGUUUCAGAUAAUGGUUGUGGAGUAGAAGAAGAAAACUUUGAGGGUUUGACUCUGAAAUAUUAUACUUCCAAGAUACAAGAUUUCUCUGAUCUAAUGCAUGUUGGAACAUUUGGAUUUCGAGGCGAAGCUCUGAGUUCACUGUGUGCGUUAAGUGAUGUUACCAUUUUUACUUGUCACAAAUCUGCAAAGGUUGGAACUCGUCUGGUAUUUGAUCACAAUGGAAAAAUUACUCAGAAAACUCCUUAUCCACGACAGCAGGGAACAACUGUUAGCGUGCAGCAAUUGUUUUAUACCUUGCCAGUGCGGCACAAGGAAUUUCAACGAAAUAUUAAAAAGGAAUAUGCAAAAAUGAUCCAAAUAUUACAAGCGUACUGUAUCAUUUCAACAGGAGUUCGAAUUAACUGCACCAAUCAGGUUGGCCAAGGGAAAAAACACUCAGUGGUGUGUACCACUGGAAGCUGUAGUCUAAAGGAAAACAUUGGAGCAAUAUUUGGCCAAAAACAGUUGCAAAGCCUCAUUCCCUUUGUUCAGCUACCUCCUAGUGAAGCGGUUUGUGAAGAAUAUGGCCUCCACUCCACUGAUAUGCCACAAAAUCUUUAUACUAUUACAGGCUUCGUUUCCCAUUGUGAUCAUGGUGUUGGAAGGAGUACAACAGAUAGACAGUUUUUCUUUGUCAAUCAGCGACCAUGUGACCAAUCAAAGAUUUCCAAAGUUGUGAAUGAAGUUUACCACAUGUACAAUAAGCACCAAUAUCCGUUUAUCGUUCUUAACAUUUGUGUAGAUUCUGAGUGUGUUGACAUCAAUGUAACUCCUGACAAGAGGCAAAUUUUACUGCAACAGGAGAAAGUUUUGCUAGCAAUUUUAAAGACGUCUCUUGUGGGAAUGUUUGGUAGCAAUGUUAACAAACUUAACAUCAAUCAAAAACUUCUGGAUAUUACAGGUAACUUCAAAAAGAUAGUAGCAGAAGAAACAGAAAAGCCCCAGACAGGAGUGCUGCUUGAUUCUGCAGCCCAGAAUCCAAGGGGAGAAGAGAAAAGAGCAAUGACUAUUGUCAGAUUAAGAGAGUCAUUCUCUCUCCAUCAAAUGACAGAGAGCAGUUUUCAGAGCCCUAGCAAUGUCAGAAAGCAACACAACUCCCUGGGGAAGAGAGAACUUAAUACUUCAAGUCCUGUAAAGAGUCAAAAGUCCAUCUCCACCAAGGAGUCUGAACACUGGAGGCAGAUGGACUCAAAUACAUACUCAGUUACUAGCAGAGAUUUGAGGAAGUUAGAAAAUGACACAGAUUCUGGAUGUGGUAGCACCUCUGCAGAGUCAAAUGUUGGCUUUAGUACUCCAGAAGUUGGUAUCUGCCUCAGCAAUGAAAGUGCAGGCAGCUCACCUGAAGAAGAGUUCUUUAUUUCAAAACAGGAGCUUCAAAGUGUAUGUCUUGAAACUGUCAAACUUAGUGAGGAAUCGUUGGAAUGUGAUGCCAAAUUUUCAGGGGCUGAACGUGAAUUGACCCAAAUGGGUGAACAGAAUGAACGGAGUGAGUUACCUCAUCAAGCCAAUAGUUUGCCCCCAAAUGUGAAGCGUUUUAAAAGUGAGCAAGUUAAUUUAAAGGCAGCCAUCUGUCCAGAACUGAGAAAUGCUGAGAACUGUGCAUCAGCACCACAUGUUGAUGUACCAAUUGAAAUUAAAAAGAAAACUGUGCCACUUAAGUUCUCUAUGAGCUCUUUAGCAGAAAGAGUAAAAAGGCUAAUACAGCAGCAACAGAAAAAGGCAGAAACACAGAAUUAUAGAAGAUUUAGAGCAAAGAUUAGCCCCGGAGACAAUAAAACAGCAGAGGAUGAAUUAAGAAAAGAAAUCAGUAAAGAGAUGUUUGCAAAAAUGGAAAUCAUAGGUCAGUUCAAUUUAGGUUUUAUAAUAGCCAAGCUGAACUCUGAUCUCUUCAUAAUUGACCAACAUGCUACUGAUGAAAAAUACAACUUCGAGAUGUUACAACAGCACAACGUUCUCCAAGGUCAGAAGCUGAUAGCGCCACAAAAUCUUAAUUUAACUGCUGUAAAUGAAAUUAUAUUGAUUGAAAACCUGGAGAUAUUUAGAAAAAAUGGGUUUGAUUUUGUCAUUGAUGAAGAUGCUCCUGUAACUGAAAGGGUUAAGUUGAUUUCCUUGCCAACAAGCAAAAAUUGGACUUUUGGUCCACAGGACGUAGAGGAGUUGAUUUUCAUGUUAAGUGAUUGCCCAGGAGUUAUGUGUAGGCCCUCCAGGGUCAGACAGAUGUUUGCUUCUCGAGCUUGUAGAAAAUCUGUGAUGAUUGGAACUGCACUUACUGUAAAUGAGAUGAAGAAAUUGAUCACUCACAUGGGUGAGAUUGAGCAUCCUUGGAACUGUCCCCAUGGAAGGCCAACUAUGAGGCACAUAAUCAAUUUAGAUAUAAUUUCUCAGGAAUAGCAGACCCUUGUGUGUAUUUUAUUAGUGUUUUUUUACUUUUAAUUCAUUGGCAAUGUUAUUAAUCCACUUCUGUUUGAAUUACAGAUUUUAUCAUGGAACUUUUUUUAUUUUGUCAAAGAAGUGACAGUUUUAGCCUCCAUUUUGUAUAUUUAAAUAUUACCUGAACAACACAGGCAUCCUGUAAUCUUUCUUUAUUACUCCUCUAUAAAGACAUAUCAGAUUUUACUUGUAAAUACGUUCCUUUUGUCAUAGCUGGCCUUGCAUAUUACAUUUUUUUUUUUGGCAGCUGAGAUAUUUAAAAAAUAAACUUUUAUAUGGAAGUUCAAGACUUUAGGUGAACACACUUUUUAUAGAGACUGUAUUAUGGUAUGACAAAGUAAAAUUAUAUAUUGUAGGCUAUAGUGCCUCUUGUGUAACAUUUCAAAUAAAUCAUAUUUGUAUAGAUGAAAGUA